CAUGUGAUGUGCUCGAACGCCUCCUCGUCGAACAUCUGAUGAUUUUGAUCGUCCAAAUCCAAUUCAGCGACUCUAAACCCUAACUGUAAUCUCUCUCUCUCUCUCAGUCUGCAUCGCAAUGAACGCAUCGGCUAACAGAGACGGUCUUUCGUAGGUAUAGGCUUUGAUGUUAUCAUGGCCCAGGAGGUAGGCGGAGGAGCAGAUGUGGCGUCAGGGGCGGGAAAUGAUCCCGCCAGUCGGAACGAGCGGAGGAAGGCGGCGAAGAAGGAGAAGAGGAAGCAGAAGAGGAAGGAGUUGGCGGCAAAGGAGCGGGAAGAGGAGGAGGCUCGGCUGAAUGAUCCGGAGGAGUGGCUGCGGAUUCAACUGGAGGAGGAGAGAGACAGGGAGAGGAUGGAGAGAGAUAGGAAGGAGUUUGAGGAGCAUGAGAAAGCGUUUCUCGAGGCCUUGGAGGCCAAUAAGAAGGCCGAAGAGGAGGAGGAAGAGCGCCGGAAGGCUCUAGAAGAAGAAUACCAAAGAAAUCAGGUUGGACAUGAGGAUGCAAAUGGUGAUGAUGAUUGGGAAUAUGUAGAAGAGGGGCCUCCUGAGAUUAUUUGGCAAGGAAAUGAGAUAAUUGUCAAGAAGAAAAAGGUCAAGGUCAAACGUAAAGAUGCAGACCUACUGAUCAAAAUUGAGGACCCUAAUAGACCAACCUCAAAUCCACUUCCUCCACAAUCUGAAGCUUUUACUGAUUACAAGAAUGGUUUUGUAACUUCUGCAGAGCAGCUGUUGGAGAAUGUUGCUCAACAAGUUCCAAACUUUGGAACAGAACAGGACAAAGCUCAUUGCCCUUUCCACCUUAAGACUGGGGCUUGUCGAUUUGGAAUGCGUUGCAGCAGAGUUCAUUUUUACCCUCAUAACUCUUGCACGUUGCUUAUGAAAAACAUGUAUAAUGGUCCUGGCCUUGCUUGUGAGCAGGAUGAAGGACUUGAGUAUACAGAUGAAGAGGUUGAACGCUCUUAUGAAGAGUUUUAUGAGGAUGUGCAUACAGAGUUCUUGAAAUAUGGGGAAAUUGUAAAUUUUAAGGUAUGCAAAAAUAGCUCUGUUCAUUUGCGGGGAAAUGUAUAUGUACAUUACAAGUCAAUGGAUUCAGCUUUGCUUGCUUAUCAAUCUAUAAAUGGUCGCUAUUUUGCAGGCAAACAGGUGAAUUGUGAGUUUGUUAGUGUGACAAAAUGGAAAGUUGCAAUAUGCGGUGAGUAUAUGAAGUCAAGGCUUAAGACUUGUUCUCGUGGGACAGCUUGCAACUUUAUCCACUGUUUCCGGAACCCUGGUGGAGACUACGAAUGGGCUGACUGGGAUAAACCACCUCCAAAGUACUGGGCAAAGAAGAUGGCUGUUUUAUUUGGUUAUCGUGAGGAACUUGAUUAUGAUGACCAGAAAGAACAAGGAAGGAACUUUGGCAAAAUGAUAGCAACAGAUCCAGAUAGAUACGACUCUAGAAGAUCUCAAUCUAGGGAGUGGGAUUCUUCUAGAAGCCACUAUGAGGAGUAUGGUGCUCGAAGGAGCAGGCACCGUGCCAGUGUCAGUAGAAGGUCAAUGGACGUUCUUGAUGAAAACUACUUUGGAGAAGGAAUGAAUUCCAGACACAAAUGUAAAAAGAAACAUAGGUGGAAUGAUUUUGAUUCUGAUGGAGUCCCAGAUGAUUAUGACAAGGACCGAACACAUAGCACUGAUUACGGGUGUGAUAACAACCGAGAUAGAGACAGAGACAGAGACAAAGACAGCUACCACAAACGCAGGAAAAAUAAUGCACAAGAUCAGAAUGAAGUGCCCUCAUCUCCUGAUAAUGUUAGGGAUAAAGGGAACACGGCACAAGAUAGUGAUUCCAGGGAAAAGAACCGAGAUAGAGGCCACAAGCAUAGGAGGAAAGGUUCAAGCCAUUCAAAUGAAAGAUUAGGACCCAUUGAUGGCCAUGGAAAAUCAGUGAAGUCGUCAAAAAAUGAGCAAUACCCUAGGAAAUCUGAUUCCAACAGAGUUGAACCACAAAAAGUGAAAAAACUGCGACGGUCGAAUAGAGGGGAUCUUACAGACCUUGAGCCAAGUGAAGCUACUUUUUCAGCCAAUGAUCUAAGAUCAGAUAGGAGCCAUCAUGAAACCAGCAGUUCCAGUCCACAUUAUGAGAGGAUUGAAUCAUGUGAUAUUGAUCCAACAUGCGAAUCUGAUGAAAGCACUGAUGGGUACAGAUCUUCCACAAAGCACCACAAGUCUUGGAGAGAAACCUGUAGCGAUGAAAUUGAUGAAUCGGAUAGAGCCCGUCGGAGAAGUGAAUCGCAUGAUUCUGAUGAAAAUGUAGACAAACGUGGUCGGUGGGAAUCUGAUAAGAGUUUAUCCUGAAAAGCAUGGCUCAUCUAGACGAAAAUUCAGCAGUGGCGAACUGGAUCGGUAUAGUGGGAAGUCAACCUUGUGCCGAAGAGCACCAGCCGUAUCUGAAGAUGACCAGAAGAGAGAUUGAACUCCUCUUCAAACUUUGGUUGCAUGGCAGGCAGAUCAGGUAUUCACAUUCCACUUUUACAGGCGAUUUGAUCGUUUACUUGCUACAAUGCCAUCCAUGUUGAGCAUCAAGUUUAACUAAAUUUGUUGCGUUGGUAUGCUGGCUUUGUUGUUCAAAGCAAGUUAAUUUCAAUGAAUCAGAAUGUAGAUAUCCCUGUGUUAUUCCUUUACUCUUAGUUUUCUUUCUUAUGUUAUGCUGGCUUCUAGUA